AAUUAUUCCACCCUGCAGGCAUAUGCGAGCAUAUCCUCGGCCUAGAUGACGCAAACAGACUAUGAUAAACACAUAGGAGUGGUUUAGAGUGAGAUGAUGUCCCGCUCCAUACAAAUCCGGCAAGAAUCCCCCUUCGCCAAACGCCAUUAAUAUGGUAAAACAAAGGUCCGCAGGUCGGAGGUCGGAGGUGGCGUUGAUACCAUCUCCGAUGUUGACCCUGGCCCUGCCCUGCGCAGCCCGUGCAGCCCGUGCAGGUUUCCAGCGGUCAAGCUUUAUCGCGGACAUGAUCUGCACGGAGGUGUUCCCAUUUCCUGAUUAUGUCCGACUGACGCGUACCCCAUCACUAAACGGAGCCAGGGUUGAUCGCGCCAUGAACAUUGACCACGGAAGUCGGAGUGUUUCACCAUAUCCACCGGCGUAAUAAGGUCAGGGUAAGCAAUGACUGUAGACGGGAUUCCGAUGGCUAAAUCAACGAUAUAGCGUUUCCACUUGUAGCAUACAGGUAGCGGUCUGGG